AUGCUGAAGUUCAAGUAUGGAGUGCGGAACCCAUCGGAGGCCAGUGCCCCCGAGCCCGUUGCCAGUCGGGCCUCCAGGCUAAAUCUCUUCUUCCAGGGGAAACCGCCCCUCAUGACUCAACAGCAGAUGUCUGCUCUUUCCCGGGAAGGGAUGCUAGAUGCCCUCUUCGUUCUCUUUGAAGAGUGCAGCCAGCCAGCCCUGAUGAAGAUGAAGCACGUCAGCAACUUUGUCCGGAAGUAUUCCGACACGAUAGCCGAGUUACGGGAGCUCCAGCCGUCGGUGAGAGAUUUCGAAGUUCGAAGUCUUGUGGGCCGUGGUCACUUUGCUGAAGUGCAGGUGGUUAGAGAGAAGGCAACCGGGGACGUCUAUGCCAUGAAAAUCAUGAAGAAGAAGGCUUUGCUGGCCCAAGAGCAGGUUUCAUUUUUCGAGGAGGAGAGGAACAUAUUAUCUCAGAGCACGAGCCCUUGGAUCCCCCAAUUACAGUACGCCUUUCAGGACAAAAAUAACCUUUACCUGGUCAUGGAAUAUCAGCCUGGAGGGGAUUUGUUGUCACUUCUGAAUAGAUAUGAGGACCAACUAGAUGAGAACAUGGUCCAGUUCUACCUUGCUGAGCUGAUUCUGGCUGUCCACAGCGUGCAUCAGAUGGGAUACGUGCAUCGAGACAUCAAGCCCGAGAACAUCCUCAUCGACCGGACGGGACACAUCAAGCUGGUGGAUUUUGGAUCAGCUGCUAAGAUGAAUUCAAAUAAGGUGGAUGCCAGACUCCCCAUUGGGACCCCGGAUUACAUGGCUCCGGAAGUGUUGACUGUGAUGAACGAGGACCGAAGGGGCACCUAUGGCCUGGAGUGUGACUGGUGGUCUGUGGGAGUGGUGGCUUAUGAGAUGGUUUAUGGGAGGACCCCAUUCACAGAGGGAACCUCUGCCCGGACCUUCAACAACAUCAUGAACUUCCAGCGUUUUUUGAAGUUUCCGGAUGACCCGAAAGUUAGCAGUGAACUCCUUGAUCUGCUUCAGAGUUUGCUGUGUGUCCAGAAAGAGAGACUGAAGUUCGAGGGUCUCUGUUGCCACCCGUUCUUUGCCAGAACCGACUGGAAUAACAUUCGUAACUCUCCUCCCCCCUUCGUUCCCACCCUCAAGUCUGACGAUGACACCUCCAAUUUUGAUGAACCAGAGAAGAAUUCGUGGGUUUCAUCCUCUCCGUGCCAGCUGAGCCCCUCGGGCUUCUCAGGCGAAGAACUGCCGUUUGUGGGGUUUUCCUACAGCAAGGCACUGGGGUAUCUCGGUAGAUCUGAGUCUGUUGUGUCGGGUCUGGAUUCCCCUGCCAAGAUUAGCUCCAUGGAAAAGAAACUUCUCAUCAAAAGCAAAGAGCUGCAAGACUCUCAGGACAAGUGUCACAAGAUGGAGCAGGAAAUGACCCGGUUACAUCGCAGAGUGUCAGAGGUGGAGGCUGUGCUUAGUCAGAAGGAGGUGGAGCUGAAGGCCUCUGAGACUCAGAGAUCCCUCCUGGAGCAGGACCUUGCUACCUACAUCACAGAAUGCAGUAGCUUAAAGCGAAGUUUGGAGCAAGCACGGAUGGAGGUAUCCCAGGAGGAUGACAAAGCUCUGCAGCUCCUCCACGACAUCAGAGAGCAGAGCCGGAAGCUCCAGGAGAUCAAGGAGCAGGAGUACCAGGCUCAAGUGGAGGAGAUGAGGCUGAUGAUGAAUCAGCUGGAAGAGGACCUGGUGUCAGCCCGCAGACGCAGCGAUCUCUACGAGUCUGAGCUGAGGGAGUCUCGGCUCGCCGCCGAGGAAUUCAAGCGGAAGGCAAACGAAUGUCAGCACAAACUGAUGAAGGCUAAGGACCAAGGGAAGCCUGAAGUGGGAGAAUAUUCCAAACUGGAGAAGAUCAAUGCCGAGCAGCAGCUGAAGAUCCAGGAGCUCCAGGAGAAGCUGGAGAAGGCCGUAAAAGCCAGCACAGAGGCCACCGAGCUCCUGCAGAAUAUCCGCCAGGCAAAGGAGCGAGCCGAGAGGGAAUUGGAGAAGCUGCACAAUCGGGAAGAUUCCUCCGAGGGCAUCAAAAAGAAGCUGGUGGAAGCUGAGGAACGCCGCCACUCUCUGGAGAACAAGGUAAAGAGACUAGAGACCAUGGAGCGUAGAGAGAACAGACUGAAGGAUGACAUCCAGACAAAGUCCGAACAGAUCCAGCAGAUGGCUGAUAAGAUUCUGGAACUGGAGGAGAAACAUCGAGAGGCUCAGGUCUCAGCUCAACACCUAGAAGUACACUUGAAGCAGAAGGAACAGCACUACGAGGAAAAGAUCAAAGUGUUGGACAAUCAGAUAAAGAAGGACCUGGCCGACAAGGAGAGCCUGGAGAACAUGAUGCAGAGACACGAAGAGGAGGCCCAUGAGAAGGGCAAGAUCCUCAGUGAGCAGAAGGCGAUGAUCAACGCGAUGGACUCCAAGAUCCGAUCCCUGGAGCAGAGGAUUGUGGAGCUGUCGGAAGCCAACAAGCUUGCGGCAAACAGCAGUCUCUUCACCCAGAGGAACAUGAAGGCCCAGGAAGAGAUGAUUUCAGAACUCAGGCAGCAGAAAUUUUACCUGGAGACACAGGCUGGGAAGCUGGAGGCCCAGAACCGAAAGCUGGAGGAGCAACUGGAGAAGAUCAGCCACCAGGAUCACAGUGACAAGAGUCGGCUGCUGGAGCUGGAGACAAGGCUGAGGGAGGUCAGCUUGGAGCACGAGGAACAGAAGCUGGAGCUGAAGCGGCAGCUCACGGAGCUGCAGCUGUCCCUACAGGAGCGUGAGUCGCAGCUGACCGCCCUGCAGGCCGCCCGGGCAGCCCUGGAGAGCCAGCUCCGCCAGGCGAAGACAGAGCUGGAGGAGACAACCGCAGAAGCAGAGGAGGAGAUCCAGGCGCUCACCGCACAUCGAGACGAAAUCCAGCGCAAAUUCGAUGCCCUUCGCAACAGCUGCACUGUCAUCACCGACCUGGAGGAGCAGCUGAACCAGCUCACCGAGGACAAUGCCGAGCUCAACAACCAAAACUUCUACCUGUCCAAACAGCUCGAUGAGGCUUCUGGUGCCAACGAUGAGAUCGUGCAGCUGCGGAGCGAGGUGGACCAUCUCCGCCGGGAGAUCACAGAGCGGGAGAUGCAGCUCACCAGCCAGAAGCAAACGAUGGAGGCCUUGAAGACAACAUGCACCAUGCUGGAGGAGCAGGUCCUGGACCUGGAGGCCCUGAACGACGAGCUUCUGGAGAAGGAGCGUCAGUGGGAGGCCUGGAGGAGCGUCCUCGGGGACGAGAAGUCCCAGUUCGAGUGUCGAGUCCGAGAGCUGCAGAGGAUGCUGGACACCGAGAAGCAGAGCAGAGCUAGAGCCGAUCAGCGGAUCACCGAGUCUCGCCAGGUGGUGGAGUUGGCAGUGAAGGAACACAAGGCCGAGAUUCUCGCUCUGCAGCAGGCUCUCAAAGAGCAGAAACUCAAAGCCGAGAGCCUGUCGGACAAGCUCAACGACCUGGAGAAGAAGCAUGCCAUGCUUGAGAUGAACGCCCGGAGCUUACAGCAGAAACUGGAGACAGAGCGGGAGCUCAAACAGAGGCUUCUGGAGGAGCAAGCCAAGUUGCAGCAGCAGAUGGACCUGCAGAAAAACCACAUCUUCAGACUGACACAAGGGCUGCAGGAGGCGCUGGACCGGGCGGAUCUGCUAAAGACAGAAAGGAGCGACCUGGAGUAUCAGCUGGAAAACAUUCAGGUUCUCUACUCUCAUGAGAAGGUGAAAAUGGAAGGCACAAUUUCUCAACAAACCAAACUCAUCGAUUUCCUGCAAGCCAAAAUGGACCAGCCCGCGAAAAAGAAAAAGGUUCCUCUGCAGUACAAUGAGCUGAAGCUAGCCCUGGAAAAGGAGAAAGCACGCUGCGCGGAGCUGGAAGAAGCCCUUCAGAAGACCCGCAUUGAACUCCGGUCUGCGCGGGAGGAAGCUGCCCACCGCAAAGCCACGGACCACCCGCACCCGUCCACGCCAGCCACUGCGAGGCAGCAGAUCGCCAUGUCCGCCAUUGUGCGGUCCCCCGAGCACCAGCCCAGUGCCAUGAGCCUGCUUGCCCCACCAUCCAGCCGCAGAAAGGAGUCCUCAACUCCAGAAGAAUUCAGCCGGCGUCUUAAAGAGCGUAUGCACCACAACAUUCCUCACCGGUUUAAUGUGGGCCUGAACAUGAGAGCCACCAAGUGCGCCGUGUGUCUGGAUACCGUGCACUUUGGACGCCAGGCAUCCAAAUGUCUCGAAUGUCAAGUGAUGUGUCAUCCCAAGUGCUCCACCUGCUUGCCCGCCACCUGUGGCCUGCCUGCUGAAUACGCCACACACUUCACCGAGGCCUUCUGCAGAGACAAAAUGAACUCCCCAGGUCUCCAGAGCAAGGAACCCAGCAGCAGCUUGCACCUGGAAGGGUGGAUGAAAGUGCCCAGGAAUAACAAACGGGGACAGCAAGGCUGGGACAGGAAGUACAUUGUCCUGGAGGGUUCAAAAGUCCUCAUCUAUGACAAUGAAGCCAGAGAAGCUGGACAGAGGCCGGUGGAAGAAUUUGAGCUGUGCCUUCCCGACGGGGAUGUAUCUAUUCAUGGUGCCGUUGGUGCUUCUGAACUUGCAAAUACAGCCAAAGCAGAUGUCCCAUACAUCUUGAAGAUGGAGUCUCACCCACACACCACCUGCUGGCCUGGGAGAACACUCUACUUGUUAGCACCCAGCUUUCCCGACAAGCAGCGCUGGGUCACCGCCUUAGAGUCUGUCGUCGCAGGUGGGAGAGUUUCUAGGGAAAAGGCAGAAGCCGAUGCUAAAUUACUUGGAAACUCUCUGCUGAAACUGGAAGGUGAUGACCGUCUUGACAUGAACUGCACCCUGCCCUUCAGCGACCAGGUGGUGCUGGUGGGCACCGAGGAAGGCCUCUAUGCGCUGAACGUCUUGAAAAACUCCUUAACCCACAUCCCAGGAAUUGGAGCAGUCUUCCAGAUCUACAUCAUCAAGGACCUGGAGAAGCUACUCAUGAUAGCAGGGGAAGAGCGAGCCCUGUGUCUAGUGGAUGUGAAGAAGGUGAAGCAGUCCCUGGCACAGUCGCACCUUCCCGCCCAGCCCGACAUCUCCCCCAACAUAUUCGAAGCCGUCAAAGGCUGCCACUUGUUCGCUGCUGGCAAGAUCGAGAACAGCCUCUGCAUCUGUGCCGCUACGCCGAGCAAAGUCGUCAUCCUCCGCUACAAUGACAACCUCAGCAAGUACUGCAUCCGCAAGGAGAUAGAGACCUCUGAGCCCUGCAGCUGUAUCCACUUCACCAAUUACAGUAUCCUCAUUGGAACCAACAAGUUCUACGAGAUUGAUAUGAAGCAGUACACUCUUGACGAGUUCCUGGACAAGAACGACCAUUCCUUGGCACCUGCUGUGUUCGCCUCCUCGUCCAACAGCUUCCCCGUCUCCAUUGUGCAGGCGAGCAGUGCUGGGCAGCGAGAGGAAUACCUGCUGUGCUUCCACGAAUUUGGGGUGUUCGUGGAUUCUUAUGGACGACGUAGCCGCACAGAUGAUCUCAAGUGGAGUCGCUUACCUCUGGCCUUCGCCUACAGAGAACCUUAUCUGUUUGUGACUCACUUCAACUCACUGGAAGUGAUUGAGAUCCAGGCGCGUUCCUCACUGGGGACCCCUGCCCGAGCAUAUCUGGAAAUCCCAAACCCUCGAUACCUGGGCCCCGCAAUUUCCUCCGGAGCAAUUUACCUGGCCUCCUCCUACCAGGACAAGCUAAGGGUCAUAUGCUGCAAAGGAAACCUCGUGAAGGAGUCUGGCACUGAGCAGCACCGGGUGCCCUCCACCUCCCGCAGCAGCCCCAACAAGCGAGGACCACCGACAUACAACGAGCACAUCACCAAACGUGUGGCCUCCAGCCCAGCGCCACCAGAAGGCCCCAGCCACCCCCGAGAGCCAAGCACACCCCACCGUUACCGAGACAGAGAGGGCCGGACAGAGCUGCGCAGGGACAAGUCUCCUGGCCGUCCUCUGGAGCGGGAGAAGUCCCCAGGCCGGAUGCUCAGCACGAGGAGAGAGCGAUCCCCAGGGAGACUGUUUGAAGACAGCAGCAGGGGCCGGCUGCCUGCGGGAGCCGUGAGGACCCCACUGUCCCAGGUUAACAAGGUCUGGGACCAGUCUUCAGUAUAAGUCUCAACCAGA